AAGUUCUCAGUGUGAGUUCUCUGUCUGGUUGAGUUUCUGUACAAUUCAUUUGCCAUUCUAAGUUUUCGUUAUCCAUUUGGAGAAAAAUCAAAAGAAUAAAAAAUAUAGAAAAGCGCUUAUAGAUAUCUACAUUAAAAAUGUCUGAUCGCAAGGCCGUAAUCAAGAACGCUGACAUGAGCGAGGAGAUGCAGCAGGACUCCGUGGACUGUGCCACCCAGGCUCUCGAGAAGUACAACAUCGAGAAGGACAUUGCGGCCUACAUCAAGAAGGAGUUCGACAAGAAAUACAAUCCCACCUGGCACUGCAUUGUGGGUCGCAAUUUUGGCUCAUAUGUGACCCACGAGACGCGCCACUUCAUCUACUUUUACCUGGGCCAGGUGGCGAUUUUACUGUUCAAGAGCGGUUAGAGCCUCGUCAAGAUGGAGCAAGUGAUGGUGAAGAUGCCUUCUCUAGGAGCAACAACAGCAGCAACAAGAACAACACGUACAUAGACACGGACACUGAGAGGAAGAGGUGCAGGAUCAGUUGGAGUGGAGCAGGUUGCAGCAUCAAACAAGAGCAAUAAAAACAAGUGUUAACAUCAA